GAGCUCGAGGCCGAGUACGCCGGGAGCCCGCGGUAGCCACGGGGCCGCCGGGCCGCGGCCGCCUCAGCGAUGUUUUACUCAGGGCUCCUCACCGAGGGCGGCCGCAAAGACACGGACAUGCGGGAGGCGGCGUCGCUGAGGCAGCAGCGCCGGAUGAAGCAGGCGGUGCAGUUUAUCCACAAGGACUCCGCGGACCUGCUGCCCCUGGACGGCCUCAAGAAGCUGGGUUCGUCCAAGGACACGCAACCUCAUAACAUCCUGCAGAGGCGCCUCAUGGAAACCAACUUGUCUAAGCUCCGAAGCACUCGUGUUCCUUGGGCCUCCAAGACCAACAAACUCUCUCAGUCUAAGUCUGAGGGGCUAAAGAAGUCUGAAGAUGAUGACAUGAUUUUGAUUUCUUGCCAGUGUGCUGGAAAGGAUGUGAAAGCUGUGGUUGACACAGGCUGUCAAUACAAUCUCAUCUCCUCAGCCUGUGUGGACAGAUUGGGGCUCAAGGAACAUGUCAAAUCUCAUAAGCAUGAAGGAGAAAAGCUUUCUCUGCCCCGGCAUCUCAAAGUGGUGGGCCAGAUUGAGCACCUGGUGAUCACAGUGGGCUCCCUCCGCCUGGACUUCCCAGCAGCUGUGGUUGAGGAUAAUGAAAAAAACUUAUCUCUUGGUCUCCAGACACUCCGAUCACUGAAGUGUAUCAUAAACUUGGAUAAGCACCGGCUGACCGUGGGGAAAACAGAUAAAGAAGAAAUCCCUUUUGUGGAGACAAUUUCAUUGAAUGAAGACAACACUUCAGAAGCAUAACCACAGCUUGCAGCAUGUCUGCACAAGAGCAUACAUACCAGGUUGACAGAUUGAGAAGACUGGGUUCGAACCAAAUAUAGUAGCAACUUGCUGUGGACCAAGUCCUUCCCUCCAAUAGAUGCUCGAGGAGCUCCUUCACACUCAGACCUUUCUAGACUAUAGUCUGUGCUUAGAGAUCUUGUCUGGUUAUAGCCAUUGUUUUUUACUCCUUUGAUCAUAGAUCCUUUUAACACUGCCAGGUCUCACUUGUGGCCUAUUUCUCUGCUUCUUCCAAGAAUUUGCUUUUUUAGUCAAGUAUACAGCUUCUAUUUCUCAAUAGAUACUUGCUUCCUUUCUCAUAGCUAAAUGUAUAAUAAAAAGCAAUCUGACCUUA